UCUGGACCACUCCUCCAGCGUCAUGUACUGGUGUGAUGCCUAUUAUGACCACAUUGAGAAAAUCUACCUCAACAGCAGCCACAGAACGGUGGUGUACAGCGGGAAAGAGUUGAAUCAUCCAUUUGGGAUUGCGCAUUACAAGAAUUACAUAUUCUGGACCGAUUACAUGAACGCCUCGAUAUUCCGUCUGGAUUUGUCAUCCAAUGAUGUUGCCCUAAUGCGGGCUGAAAGACCACCUCUCUUCGGGAUUCAGGUGUAUGACCCGCAAAGCCAGAAAGGUAAUAACAAGUGUUCGGCAAAUCAUGGUGGCUGUGGCACUUCGGCUCUAUGCCUUACUACGCCUGCAGGUCACAUGUGUGCCUGCGCAGACGGCCAACAUUUGGAGAAAGAUAACAUCACCUGUUCAUCCCCAUCAGAGGUCACUGAGACAAAGAGCUGCGGCCCAGCGGAGUUUCAGUGCCAGAACCAGCAUUGCAUUCAGCUCUCGUGGAAGUGUGAUGGGGAUUAUGACUGCUCAGAUGGCAGCGAUGAAGAUCUACACCUCUGCUCCAAUCGCAUCUGCCCAGCGGACCAAUUUAAAUGCCUGAGCAACCGCUGUAUCCCGAAGAGAUGGCUGUGUGACGGCACCGACGACUGCGGCAGCAACGAGGAUGAGUCCAACCGCACCUGCUCUGCCCAAACCUGCCAGCCAGGCCAGUUUCCCUGUGAGAAUGGACGCUGUAUCCAGGAGGACUGGCGCUGUGACCGUGAUGAUGACUGCGGGGAUCAGUCGGAUGAGUCUUCAUCAUGUGAUUUCCCAACUUGUGAGCCGCUGACCCAGUUUGGCUGUACUAAUGGGAAAUGCAUCAGUGUGAAAUGGCACUGUGAUUCCGAGGAUGACUGUGGGGACAGCAGUGAUGAGGUGGGCUGCGUUCGCGCCUGUUCGGUGGCUCAGUUUCAGUGCACUAGCGGGAAGUGCAUCCCUGAGCACUGGAUGUGUGACGGGGACAAUGACUGCGGUGACCUCAGCGACGAGAACACCACCUGCUCUAGGACAGCGCUCUCCAACAUUAACGACUGCAGCGAGAAAGAGUUCCACUGCCGUGGCGAUGGAAACUGCAUUCCUGAAAUAUGGCGCUGCGACGGAGACAAAGAUUGCGAGGACGGUAGCGAUGAAUUCGCCUGUGAGGGAGCCAAGAGAAUGUGCGACCCCAAGGCAAAGUUCACCUGCAAGGUCUCAGGGAAAUGCAUUAGCAAGGACUGGGUGUGCGAUGGAGACAUCGACUGCGAGGACCAAUCGGAUGAGGAGGGGUGUGAAGUAUCUGUCUGUAGGCCUCCGAAGUUCCCCUGCGCAAUGACACGUCUGUGUGCCUCCCGCCAGAACGAAUCUGUAACGGCUGGAGGGACUGUGCCGACCAUUCUGACGAGGGACCAUACUGUG